CAGACCGAGAGCAGACAGCUGAUGUUUACUUCGAGUCCUGCAGGAACUGAGGAGAUUUUUAUCUUCUUUGGACAGUUUGUGAGAAAUGAAGAUGCUUUGAUUUUUUUUCUGACUGAAGCUGUUUAUUCAUCUCCAGAGACAAACAUACUUGGGUGAGUAAUGGGAAGCUUUAAGGGCCACGCGCUCCCUGGAAGCUUCUUCCUGGUAGCUGGAAUCUGGUGGGCAGGAAAGCACUCGCUCUGGCACGCCAGCCGCAGGAACAAGAACAUCGGUUCCACUCGGCUGGCCAGCAGAGCGUCACAGCGCCGUCUGGAGAUCAUCGAAAGCUCUGUCAUACUCUUCUUCUCUUUCGUCGGGAUGCUGGCAGAGCAGUUUGCAGCAGGCGGGCCGAGACUCCAGCUGUACGACUCUGCAGACAAACACUGGGAACAACUGAUGAACUGGCAGCACGCCACCAUGUAUCUGUUCUUUGGCCUGGCUGCGACCGUGUCUCUGAUCAUCCACACCACCGAGGCCGCGCCGCUGGCUCUGGACAGGAUAAUGCUGGCCAUCGCUUUCUUUAAUGAAGGAUUUCUUUUCUUCUACCACCUCCACGGCAGGAGCAUGCUAGACGUCCAUGUGCACCAGCUCCUUCUCUACGCCGUCUUUGGCCAGGCUCUGGUCGCCUUCCUGGAGGUUUUCCACCGAGGAAACAUCAUUCUGGAGCUGCUGCGCUGCACGCUCACUCUGCUGCAGGGAAGCUGGUUCUGGCAGAUCGGUUUUGUGCUGUAUCCUCCUCACGGCCCUGAGUGGGACCUAAAGGAUCACAACAACAUGAUGUUCGUCACCAUGUGUUACUCGUGGCAUCUCGCCUUCGCCAUGCUCAUCGUGAGCGCCAUCUAUUGCAUCGUCGGAUGCGUGGUUCGUUCCAGACUGAGGAAGACUCCUCCGAUGGAAAUGGGACUUCUGAAGCCCAGAGACCGCGAUCCAGAGUCAGAGGACGAGAUUUUAUGAAGAGGACUGCUUGUGACUCGUGUUUAUCACAAUUAAAUCAGGGAUAUGAUGUUUGCAGUUCAAGCAGCAGUACGACUCGAAGCAAAGCGUGCAGACGGAAGAGGGACACGGACGUUGUUUUCUGGAUGCUUUACUUUAGAAAUAUAUCUCUACCUCUGCCUUAUACAGUCAGCUGUAAACCCCUUUAGCCUUACUCUCAUCGUUCAGUGCUAUUUAUUUUACUGUGGCCUAACACACCUUUCUUAUACUUUUCAUUAUUCAUUUGCACAUGCAGUACAAGUGAACUCAUAACAGUCAGCUUUUUAUGGAUUGCACGCUUUUCACUCGACUUGACAAACUUCUCGUCAGACAUUUUGGUGUUGUGGCACCAUCAUGAGGUGAAAACAAUCAUCAUCACCACUUUAUUUUAUAAUACUGGAAAGCAUGUCUUUAGGUAUUUUACAUGCAUUUUUGUUUCAUAAUAUUGAGUCACACAUGGGAGCCUAACCCAAAUGCCAAAAAAAUAAUAAUUUUAUUAAAAUUGUUAAAAUGUU